GCAUCAGUUCAGAAGCUUAGAGAGAAAAUGGCUGUAAUCGAGUCACUUCUGCAGUUUCUCAGCACAGGUACAUUACUGGGCGCGUUGCUGUUGCUUCUGGUUUUGUAUUUGCUUUCCUCUGGAUCCAGAUCUCAGAAAGAGGGAAAAGAGCCACCGGGACCCAAACCUCUGCCGCUGCUGGGGAACCUGCUGACCCUUGACCUCGAGAGACCCUUUGACUCCUUUUGUGAGCUGUCCAAAACCCACGGAAACAUAUUCCAAGUGUUUUUGGGUCCCAGAAAAACUGUUGUCUUAAUUGGGUACAAAACUGUCAAAGAGGCUCUCAUGAACUAUGCAGAAGAGUUCAGCGACCGAUAUAUUGACCCUGGUUUCAGGAUAACGCACAACGAACAUGGAAUCCUCUUUUCCAAUGGAGAGAACUGGAGAGAGAUGCGACGCUUCGCUCUCAGCAACCUGCGGGACUUCGGGAUGGGCAAGAGAGGAAGUGAAGAGAAAAUCAUAGAGGAAAUUCAGUAUCUGAAAGGAGAGUUUGAUAAGUUUGAAGGGAAACCCUUCGAAACAACAACGCCCGUGAACUACGCUGUGUCAAACAUCAUCUCAUCUAUUGUGUACGGCAGCAGAUUUGAAUACACAGACCCUCAAUUCACAGAAAUGGUCGACAGGGCAAAUGAAAGUGUUCGGAUUUUGGGAUCGGCUUCUAUGAUGCUUUAUAAUAUAUUUCCGUGGCUGGGUCCGUUCCUCAACAGCAAAAGGAUUAUUGUAAGAAAUGCGUUGAAACAUAAAGCAGAAAUGACGAAGUUGCUCACUGGACUGCUGGAGACUCUGAAUCCACACGACCGCAGAGGGAUUGUCGACACCUUUCUCAUCCGCAAACAGAGCGACGAGCAAUCCUGUAUGAAGAACUCAUACUUUCACGAUGAGAAUCUAAUGAUGACUGUGACAGAUCUGUUUAUCGCUGGUACUGACACGACGGGAACGACUCUGCGCUGGGGUUUGAUGCUCAUGGCCAAAUACCCUCAUAUACAGGAUCGAGUUCAUGAGGAGAUUGACCGAGUGAUCGGUGGACGUCAGCCAGUGGUGGAAGAUAGAAAGAAAUUACCGUAUACAGACGCUGUGAUUCAUGAAACCCAGAGACUGGCUAAUAUUAUUCCCUUGAGUCUGCAUAUGACCACCUGUGAUGUCCACUUCAAUGGAUACUUCAUCAAGAAGGGUACCACUGUAGUUCCUCUGCUGACGUCUGUUUUGAAGGAUCCAAGCGAAUGGGAGAAACCGAACAGCUUUUACCCAGAACACUUCCUAGAUGAGAAGGGCCAGUUAGUCAAGAGAGAUGCUUUCAUGCCCUUUUCUGCAGGCCGAAGGGCUUGUUUGGGAGAGAGUUUGGCCCGGAUGGAGCUCUUCCUGUUCUUCACUUCCCUCCUUCAGAGCUACCACUUCACAACUCCACCUGGAGUGUCUGGAGAUGAUCUGGAUCUCAAAGGAAUAGUCGGAGUCACGUUGAAUCCGUCCCCUCACAAGCUGUGUGCGAUCAGACGCUCCUGACACUGGACAAUCAAAACAGAAACAUCACAUUUGACCUCAGUUUAAAUAAAACCUGACAAUGAGUUAACUUGUUCGGAUUAAAUUAACAAAAUGUAUGCAAUUAACUCCACUUCUGACGUUUUUUAUUGCAUAAAAGAUCUUGAGCAGCAGGUG